GUUUUUCUUUCUUUAUAGUCUUACAAAAUUGAGACAUCAUCAACAAACUCGGACUAUACCCUAUUCCCAUUCACUGAUAUCAGUAUGAUCUUGUUGUUUCUUAGCUUGACAUGUUAUAACAGCUUUAAAAGUUUCUUCUCAAGCUAUUCGUCUUUCCCACAAUCCAAAUAUGGCAGCUCAAAGGCAUCAUCAAAUUUGGAGAAACCCCAGAAUUAUGAUUGUUCAACCAAAGAAGCUUCUUUUAAUAAAAAGGAAGAUUGUGUGGUAGUUUGCAGAGAAGAUGUGGAGAAGGUGAUGGGGAAUCUGGGGAUUUUUUGCAGCAAAGAAAGUGAGGAGCUAAAUAAAUCAUUUGGUUCUGAUGAGCUUUCCAGGGUGUUUGAAGAAGAAGAGCCGAGCUUGGAAGAGUUGAAGGAAGCUUUUGAUGUGCUUGAUGUGAAUAAAGAUGGGUGUAUUGAUGCGCAAGCGUUGCAGACAGUUCUCUGUGUUUUGGGUUUGAAAGAAGGUUUAAAGAUUGAGAAUUGCAACAAAAUGAUCAAUAACUUGAUGUAA